AGGUGCUGGAAACAAAAGAAGCGGAACGAGUCGAUUUGACAGACGCUAACUGAGUCAUUAUGUUCGUUUGAAACUCCGCCUACUUUCGGUCUGGUUAUAGUUAAUCUUAGCUUUGUCGUGUGCUUUAACGAAUGACUGGGUUACUUCAGUUUACGAUAGGUUUGGAUAGAGGAAGCACGGAACUUUAUAUAUGGGACAUUGGAAACCAUCGUGUCUUAGAUAGAUAUAUAACAUGUGACAGUUAUAAUGGUUAUUGUCAUCGAUUGAUUCUGACCGACGAGUCCUCAGAAAGUGAUAUGUUACAGACAUAAAUGGAUUUUUUUACUUGAUUGUUAAUCAAUACGUUAGUGAUAUCAAAGAAUUGAAUGGUUUGGCAAAAGAAUUGCGAUGCCAGCACGAAUGUGUGAAGCUGACUUGGACAUGGGUUCUGAGGGUGGCUCUGGGGAGGGGCCGAAACCCAUCCUCUACUCCCAUCGCCACAACCUGAAGAGUCGAUUCGAGCUGUUGAAAACGCUAGGCGAGGGGUCCUAUGGGAAAGUGAAGCUGGCCAAGGAAAAGACGACGGGAGAGUUGGUGGCAAUUAAGUACAUCAAAAAGCUGAAGAUUAACGAUGAAACAGAAAUCAACCGAAUCCGAAGAGAAAUCAAAAUCAUGUCCAAACUGAACCAUCCCAACAUCAUCAAUGUCCGUGAAGUUUUUGAGAACAAAGAGCGGAUAAUUUUGGUGUUGGAUUGUGCCACAGAGGGGGAGCUGUAUGAUUACAUCAACAAACGCGGCAAACUGACGGAGAAAGACGCGCGGCGAAUCUUCAGACAGAUCGUCGCAGCGGUCAAUUACUGCCAUCAGAAUGGAGUUGUCCAUCGAGAUCUGAAAUUAGAAAACAUAGUGCUAGAUGAGAACGGAAAUGUCAAGAUUGCAGACUUUGGCCUGUCCAACUUUUACAGUUUGACCAAUCUGCUGUCCACAUACUGUGGGAGUCCUCUGUACGCCUCUCCUGAGAUCGUCAACGGACAUCCUUAUUAUGGACCGGAGGUGGACUGUUGGAGUCUGGGAGUAGUUCUCUACACACUGGUAUAUGGUGCUAUGCCGUUCGACAGCUCAGAUUUUAAUGUGCUAAGGAAACAGAUUUCCUGUGGUGACUACUAUGAGCCCACCGAACCUUCAGAAGCUGCCGGUUUGAUUCGUCAUUUGCUGACAGUGAAUCCAAAGAAACGUGCUAAAAUGCCAGACAUUUUGAACCACUGGUGGGUCAAUCUCGGAUACAGAGAAACCCCCAGCGGGCAGGUUUACCCUCUCCCAGAGGAUUGUAAGCCCGUGACCCUGCGUGCCCCCACUAGUCUGUCCUCUGACAGUGAGGGGGAGAAUGACCACGCAAAACUGGUGCAGCCUUUAAAAGGCAUCCUGAAGAAACCAAAAGUAUCAUCAGGGGAUGAGGAAAGUGUUGCCAAGCAACCUCUUCAGAGCAUCGCUCUUGACAACCAAGUCUUUGAUGGCCAUGACAGUGAUAAAAGAGACACUGAUAAGCAUGAUAAGAAACCACGAAGUAUUCUGAAACGCAAAGGGAAAUUCAGUGGCGGAGACAGUGGGUGUGUGCUGAAUGAAACUGGGCCAAAAAGCCCCAGUUCAGACACUAAAGAAAAUGCAGAAAUGACCUAUAACCUGAGUGAUAUUGACAAUGCUCUGAGUGCUUUAGAAAUGGAAGGUUCGUCCAUAAAGAGGAACGCGGCAGCCGAUUUUGUGUAUGAUAAUAAUUCUCAGAACGGGACUCUGGAGUCGGGAACCACCACUGUGAAUGUGGUUCCUCGCCGCGGAAUCCUGAAAAAGACCAGCCAGGCCGACCAGAGGAAGAGAUGGAGCGCGUGCAGUGUGGGGUCAAACUCCUCCGCAGACAUGCUGGACUUCUCGUAUGACAGCGGAGACGAUGCCUACCAGUUCAAUCUACCCGGUUGUCUAUCCGACUCGGAAAACAAACUUUCGAACAUUGAUAAGUUAGAUAUUCUAGACAGUGAGAACGAACUAGUCAGAUCUAAGAACCAGCACGAGAAUGGAGACAUGGGACUUUUCCCAACAGAAGAAGCUACCAUUGUUCUCCAACAAGCUCUGAAAAUUUGUAAUAAUGUUUGAGUCCUCUUCUUGAACAAUUUCGAUUUUUUUUUUCGUCAAGAAGACAAACUGUUAUGAAUUAAGUGUUGAAAAAAAAAUGAAGAGAAUUGAACAUGUAUUAUGUAAAAUUGGUAUUAUGCCUUUGAUUUGUUUCAAAGAGAAGUUUUGCUGAAGUUUUGUUUUCCCCCCUCAUUUACAAUUGUUGUGAGGAAACCAUUUUUUCAUGCCAAAGGCAUCAUCCCAUCUUUAACAUUAUCAUCUUGACAAUGAGAUAACUUGGUGUUUUGAUAUUUUUGUUCAUAAGUGAAAAGCAACCAAGGAAAUAUCAUCAUAUAAUGCUUAUUUUGGGUGGGGGGGGGGGGGGCAGUCAUUCAAACCAUUUCUUGAGAAGAUGUGUGGUUAAUGUUUUUCCCAAUGGUCUCUAGUCGAUAAACGUUGCAAUUAUUGAAGUCACCAUUGAAUGCCAAAUAAGAUGGUUAUAAAUACUGUGUGCUGCAUGAAGGUUUCUGUGCUCUGUUUUUUCUAUAUUCCUGAAUGUUGAAUUUACAGUCUAGAUUAUCGAGGAAUUUGUCUCAAUAUUUUGUGUACUCUGUUUGGAAUUGUAGAAAUCCAGUCAAGUAGAUGUGACGGCUUUAUGACAUAAAAAAAAAUCCUUUUCUCAAACCUACCUGAAUAAAUAAUUCUACCUGAUUUUAAACCAAACCUUCAUAGUGUCAUGUAGGUCUUUUAUGUGUUAAAAAAUACUUUUUUUCAGUUUACAUGUUUUUUUUUGUUAAUUCAAAAGAGAGUAUACAUUUGCUUAUAACAAAGAAUAUGAGAGAAAUUGAAGACCUGUGUUGGAAUUUUGUGUACCUGUUUGAGACAGGUGUCUGGGGUACGGAGAGUUUGUUAGAAUUUUGUUUAAUUUUUGAGAAUAUUGCAUUUCAUGGUGAGAUGAGUCUAAAAGCCCCAUCUUGUCAUUUCUACCCACCCACGUGGGAAGAAUUAAAAAAAUUACGUCGUUCGCUGAAUUUUUUUGUGGACUUUUUAAAACUCAUCAAAUGGGUUUAAGUUGCAGGUACUUGCAAAAAAAAUAAAACAAAUUGAUGCAUUUAUUGACAUAAAGAUAUUGAUUAAGUUUUUUCCAGAUAUUGGUUAUGCAAUUUGGCAACAGAAAGAAUUCCUAACAUUCCUGUUACGUUCUUGACAACAAAUUUUAAGACUUUAUUUUCUCAAUUGAUAUUUAUGGCAUGCAUUUUUUGUGCCUUUUUUUUUUAUCACUCAACAUUCGCAAUUUACAAAAUUAGAAAAAAAAUUGAACUUCCUUAAAAUAUUCAGAGUUGAAUUUUAAUUAAAAUUGAUUUUAUGUCAUUGUACAUUAUAUGAAGCAACUAAAUUUUUUUGUCCAUCUAAAUUAUGAGAAAAGCUUUUACAUAGCAAAUAUCUGGAAGUGCUACUUCAGAAUUGUCUUGUCCCAUAGAAUAAAAGACCUGUGCUCAGUGCCCUAUGUUACAAAGAAACCUGCCUUCACGACAUGAGAUGUAAAACUGAUCAUCGGCGGGAUAAAUGAUUUCCCCUCGAAAUGAAAUUUCUAAGGGGGUCUGUGACCUCAAUUAUAUCUGGGCCCCCUCUCUCCCUCUGCUGGUUUGAGGGAAGGGGUGGGGGGUUGUUCUCAUGUAAAUGGUUUUGGAAAUUCUUGUUUUACAAGUGGUCAGAAAAAACGUUAUUAUCAAUAAAAUGAACUUCUCAGUUUAUGGUGAGAAAGAAUUUCUGAAGCUUGUAGCUUUGUAAUAUUGUGUCAGAUGAAUUAAAAAAAAUGUCUCCCCACAUAGAACUUUUAAACUAUGUAGUGCUCUUGAACAAAAAUUCAGCUUUUGAAUGUUUUUUUGUCCGUAUUUAUAUAUAGCUUUAUCUUCAUUGUAUGUACCUGUUUUUGGUUGCUUGGCAACAUUCAUAUCUGGGUAGUCAUUUUGUUUCCAUGUGUAAAUGAUUUUUUUUUUGUGCCUGUGUGUAACUAUUUAUACGAAGCAGAAUGCAUCAUGCCUUCAUUUUAUCGUCAUGUCAUGUCCCAGAUUAAUUUAUUUUUUUUCCAAAGAAAUUCCAUUAAGCGUAAUUAAUUUAUUUUUUUGCCAUUUAUAGUAUGAAAUGUACAUGAAAUAAAAAAAGAAAAUAAU